AUGUCGGAACACCAAGAAACCCCCUCGACGGCCACGCCGGCCGCCCCUGCCCCCGCGCCCGAACCGCAGCAGGACCAACCCGCUCCCCAACCCCAAGCCCAGGUCACCGCCGCUGAUGCCACCGCGUCUGUCACCGCCACCGCCGCGGCGGCCACCGCGGCCGUCGCCAACGCGACCCCCGUCAAUGGGAAUGCCGCGCGACCGUCCGAAGAGCUCUCCUGCAUGUGGCAAGGCUGCACCGAGAAGUCUCCCAGCGCCGAAGCUCUCUACGAACAUGUGUGUGAACGCCACGUGGGUCGCAAGAGCACCAACAACCUCAACCUGACCUGCCACUGGGGGAGUUGUCGCACCACCACCGUCAAACGCGACCACAUCACCUCCCACAUUCGGGUCCAUGUGCCGCUCAAACCGCACAAGUGUGAUUUCUGUGGCAAGGCCUUUAAGCGCCCCCAGGAUCUGAAGAAACACGUCAAGACCCAUGCCGAUGACUCGGUGUUGGUCCGCUCCCCGGAGCCCGGGGCCCGCAACCCUGACAUGAUGUUUGGAGGUCAUCACGCCAAAGGUAUGGAUGGCGGUGUCCAUCACGGUCCGUUCCACUCUAACUUCGUCGCUCGUCCCGUAGGGUACGCACCGUACUUUGAGCCUGCGGCCCUGAACGCUGUCCCCAGCCAGGGCUAUUCCCAUGCGCCGCAGUACUAUCCGGCCCACCACCAUCCCCCGCAGCCGUCCAAUCCCUCGUAUGGCAAUGUCUACUAUACCCUCAACCAUGGGCCUGAGGCUGGGCACGCCUCGUACGAGUCGAAGAAGCGCGGGUAUGACGCCCUCAAUGAAUUCUUUGGCGACCUCAAACGCCGCCAGUUCGAUCCGAGCUCCUACGCGGCCGUGGGCCAGCGUCUGCUGGGGCUGCAGAACCUGUCGCUCCCCAUGAGCACUGGUCCGAUGCCCGAGUACCAACCCAUGCCCGCCCCCGUGGCCGUGGCCGGUGGCGGCGGCGGCGGCGGCGGUUACAGCCCCAGUGGGGCGCCGCCCGCGCCCGCGCCCGCCUACCACCUGCCGCCCAUGAGCAACAUCCGCACCAAGAACGACCUGAUCAACAUCGACCAGUUCUUGCAGCAGAUGCAGGACACCAUCUAUGAGAAUGACGACAACGUAGCCGCCGCCGGCGUGGCGCAGCCCGGGGCGCACUACGUCCACGCGGGUAUGCACUACCGCGCCGCGCACUCACCCUCCUCGCAGCUGCCGCCCGCCCACAUGGCCACGACCGCGGCUGGCCCCGCGCUGACCACCCCGAUCGCCAUGCACUCGCCCUCCACCGGCACGCCGGCCCUGACGCCGCCCUCGAGCGCGCAGUCGUACACGUCCGGUCGGUCGCCCGUCUCGGUGUCGGCCAGCCACCGGGUGUCGCCGCCGCACCACGACCUCGGCUCCAGCAUGUACCCGCGUCUGCCGUCGGCCACCAUGGCGGACAGCAUGGCCGCCGGCUACCCGACGGCGUCGAGCGCCGCGCAGCCCUCCACGCUGGGCAGUGCUUUCGAUCCGGACGACCGCCGCCGCUACACAGGGGGCACCCUGCAGCGGGCGCGGCCGGAGCCCAUGGACCUGAGCCACCAUGACGCGACGAACGCCGGCGACCGCACCCCGCCGGCCAAGCAGCCGCCACCGGCGGGAUCCGGGUCGCCCGGACGCAUCGCGUCGAGUCUGAUCGAUCCAGCGCUGUCCGGCUCGGCGGCGGAGGACGAGGCGACGCUGCGCACGGCCCGGGCGGCAACCGAGGUGGCCGAGCGCUCCGAAGGCCAGUGGGUCGAGAAGGUACGGCUGAUCGAGUACCUGCGCAACUACAUCACGUCACGCCUGGAGCGCGGCGAGUACGAGGGGACGAUGGCGGCGCGGGCGCGGACGUCGUCCUUCUCACCGGAGUCGGAUGUGCACAUGGACGGGAUGGAGAGCUCGUCGCGCCAGCGAACGCCACAGCCGACGCCAAAACCGGAAGAAUCCCCGGUUAAAGCGGAGGCGGAGGGGGGCGUUUUGUACCCUAGUUUGCGGGAGGUUGAUGAGGAUGGGGAUUCGAAGAUGCCUUGA